AUGUGGGAACCGGUGGGGCAGACUAUAUUCUUUGAAUCCUCUCGCCUCUUUGCCGACUUGCUAUCAGCAGCCGUUGCCUCUACUGAUGCUCCUUCUAGCUUUUCCAUUGGGCCUGGAUACCUCAGUCGUCUACUUUCUCGCCUUUCUGAGUUGACUACCACGAGGUCUAUAUGGCUGCCUAAUAUUCUGUUUCAACUUUUGGCGUCCGACGUCUCUUUGCCCAACCUCUGUUUUUCUCUUCACGCCUUUUCCUUAGACUCUCAAUCUUCUAGUCAACCACCUUCUCAGGCCAUUUGUAAUUCUCCUAUUUCAACCAACUCCGCCGAUGUUUCACUGCCAAACAAAUAUGUCUAUCAGGUGGCAGCAGAAGAUUGGAUGCACGUUGUUGUCAAUCUCAUCAGCUUAUGGUCUGAUCAUUUAGUCGCCGACUACCGAGCGACUGGUUUUCGUAAUCCAUUCUUAUUCAAUUCAAAUUGUGCAAAUAAAUUUGUUGAGCCCUACAGGGGCAAGAAAGAAGAUGAAACUGGAAGAAUGGAUGGUCAAUGGAUGGCAAAUCCAGUGAUUCACUUUGAUGACUGGCUUACCACUUUUCGGUGUCUGCUCGGCAUGAGACAAACUGGUAGCGAGAUCUGGCUUCCCAAUGUUGCAGAUCCGGACUGGAGGGCCAAAUUGCUUAUCUGCUCAGCUUUUUGUAUGGCAAAUGUCUCCAAAUAUGAAUCUAGCUCUCCAAACCGACGAUUGGGGUGA